AUGUGUUUUGGCUCAUCGCGCAGAGAGGAGGUAUAUGACUCUCCACCCACGCGACGCGCAUACUACGGCCACGGUACCCACAGCCAGUACACAUACAACAAGGAUAACGCAGCACAUAAGAAGAAAAAGAAGCGUCGCGCAUACCAAAGCACUGCUACUGCUUCAAUUAUAGCCGCAGGAGCGAGUGGAGGUGGUGGCGGUGGCGGGUGCUAG